AUGAAGGCAGACAUUUUUGGUUAUGAAUACAUGGAAGCAAUUGGUAGAGAGGAUAUGGAUCAAGUUUUUAAACAUUUGGAAUUAUGCCUCGGUGUUAUCGAUACAUACAUCAGAUUUUUGUAUGACAAAGUGACGCGCCCGCGUGGAUUGGAAGAAAGAUUCGCUUUCUUAGGUCCCAACACUGUCAACUUAGGGUUAAUCAUAACAAAACCAGAUGAGGUCAUAGAUGGACACUGGUUAUUGGUUGCGAUUAAUCCUGUAAGAGAAAUUGUAUAUUAUCUGGAUUCGUUAGACAAUGAUUGGACAACAUACCCAAAUUUGAAGAUGACGAUUGAUACCGUUCUACAAGCUUUUCGAUUACAAAGAGAUAUUCAAGUACCAAAGAAUAGAGCCAACAACAUUACAUGGAUCAAAGUACAGUACUUUGACGAAUUUAAGUGUGCUCAUUACUUAAAAGAUCAAUUGGAUGAACUUAUGGAGGAAUAG